CACUUCUGCAGCAAAGGCUUUCCCUUGCGCUAAAGGGCAAGUGCAGGCACAUCUGGAUUGCAUUGUUUUUGAUAGAAAUCCCAUUCCAUUCGUUCGGAGCCGUUACUGCAAACUACAUCAUCUUCACUUAUCUUACCCAGUGGUAACUUUGUUAUGGCUACUUCUACUGCUACUGGCACCACCACUACUACAACGACGUCUACCAAUACACUUACCCCAACAACGGGUACGCAUACUACUACUAAAACCACAACGGCAAAAUCGAGCACAACCAGUCAUGGCACUACCACAACGCACGAGACCACCACCGAGGAGACCUCAACUACUACCACAACGGUGGCAUCCACAAUGUAUAUCACCACAAGUGGUUUAUCCAGUGUACUGCCGAUUUCAUUGAAUAUUUCUGCUUUUCUUGCCACAUCAUUACCCACAUCAACUUCAACAACAGCUCUCCCAUCCAUGACCCCAAACGGAUUGGAUUGCAGUUUGGAUUCAGUUCACGCGGUAAACGGUCUCUGCAGCCAGGGAUAUUAUUGCAAUUUUACAACAAGUUUCUGUCAAAGCCAGCUAGCAGACGGUUCAGCUUGUUCCUUGAACACAACAUGUGUUUCAGACUAUUGUAUCAAUGGUCUAUGUACUGCCUUGGCUGCCGUCAGCAGUGGUACUGAUUCGGAUGAGCAUGGCCUCAGUAAGGGAGCUGUUGCUGGUGUCGCAGUAGGCUCUAUCACCGGUGCCGCUGCCAUUCUCGCUUUUGGCGUUCUGUUGUUGCGCCGUCGUCGAACUCGCCCUGUCAAGUUCAAUCGUGGUAAAGGUAUUACGCCUUCCAUGGUCUUCAGUGAUGCUGAUGGAUCUAGCCGUUUUAGUAUGCUCGGAGGAUUCAGCACUUCCAAGUCGCCGACUGGAUUUCGCAAUAGUUCAUACUCAUUCUCUACGCCUGCGGCUGCGAUGGGUUCAAACUCCAACUCCUGGACGCCUACGCCUCCUUCUGAGAAGACAACUGCCACCAUCGACUACUACUAUAAUGUUCCACAGCCACCUUCAAAGUCGCAGUUGAUUACCAGACCUAUGAGUUCUCGCCAAAGCACCAGAUCAAGUGCAGCACGUCUGUCAAAGUAUAAUUACCUUGCUCAAGCUUUUUCACAAAUGCGUACGUCUUAUGCCAAUGGAGGCGAAACCGACAGCAGCCCAUUGGCAUUGGACCAAGCUGGUCAUAGUGUAUAUAAUAGCCGCGAUGCCCUCAGGGCUGGAAGUGUGGCAGCAGACUCCUUGUCGCAGGCUCUAGGAGAAACAGAUGGCAUGGUCGAGGAAAACGCCAACAAUAGGACUAAUCGAGAUUCCGAUGUAAUACCCAGCUCUUUCAAUCAUCAAAAGCAGCCAAGAUACCAAAUGGCCAGCAUGUACUCGACGUUUAGUCGUGAUUCGGAUAUCAUUGAGCCCAUAGCUCAACGAGACUCAUCUCGUACAUCUGGAUUUGCCGCUCCAUUAUUUCAAAGUUCAUCCCCCUCUGAGGCUGGCCCUCAGACUGCUAACCAAAUUGAACUAUCACCCAUGGUGGGACAACUCCAAGUGUCACCCGUUGUUCCACGCAUUACCUUAUUCAAUGAAGACAACGAGGAAGAAGUUCUAGCUGACCCACGUAUAACCAGUGGUCCGUUAGAUUCUACCACUUUACUGGGUCUAGGAGAUUCUUCUACGUCAUUCCGAGAUAGCUUUACCAGUGAAGUCAGUCGUUUCUCGACAGAUUCCAAUCCUUUCAGAGCCAGGAUGGCUGCAAAGAACGCCUCAACCGAUGCUUGGACUCAGGAAGAUGGAGACAUCAAUAAGAAGGCAAUACCCCCAUCUUCUUCCACCUAUCAGUACUUCUAAGCUUUGGGGGUGGACGACAAAAAUAGCGAUUUUUUUUUAUUUCUCUCUUGGUAAUAAACUACAAUAUAAUGUUCUUUUGU